AUGAGCACCACUCUCCCUGAUAGCCAUAGAGCUGUAAACAAGAAGGACAUCAUUGAGAUUCGUCGUAAUACUAGUUGCAAGGUUAACCCAGAACCGACUACAAUUCCUAAGGCGUUCAAGAAAGCCUGCUGCACAGAAUGGCCUACCACUCUUGCUAUUGUGAGUAAAGAUGGCGUGGAAUAUACGUAUGCGGAUUACUACAAGAACGCUAUGGCUUUUGCUAAGAGUGCCUAUAAAAUUGGUUUGGCUUACAAGGACGGAGUGGGCAUCAUUGGAUUCAACUCCCCGGAGUACCACUUUGCUCUUCAUGGAACAUGGCUUGCUGGAGGUGUGACGGCUGGAAUCUAUACCACGAACAAUGAAGAAGCGACCAAAUACGUUUUGGAACACUCUGAAAGUGUGAUUUGCGUUUGUCAGUCUGGAAAGCAGCUCACCAAGCUGCUCUCCAUUCGCGACAAGCUCCCUCUCCUGAAGGCCAUUGUUGUGUACUGGCAGGAAGAGGAGCUCCCCACUGUGCCCGACGAUGCCUAUGCUCGCGUGUACAAAUGGGAGGAUUUUGUCAAGCUCGGAGAUGACGUUCCCGAGUCUGCCAUCGAAGAACGAGUUGAAAUGACGCAGCCUGGAAGCUGCGCGACUCUCAUCUACACCUCCGGAACCACCGGAGACCCGAAGGGUGUGAUGUGCUCGCACGACAGCUGCACGUACAACUGCCACGUGAUCGGCGACACCAUCGGCCUGGAGGGCAAUGAACGCUUGGUCGGCUAUUUGCCGCUGAACCACGUCGCUGCUCAGUACGUGGACGCCAUGAUCUUCAUGUAUCAUCCCGUGACCGUGUACAUGGCGAAGCCGGACGCUCUGCGCGGCUCGCUCACGGAGACUCUUCAGAAGGCCAAGCCCACCGUGUUCGUGGCCGUGCCUCGUGUGUACGAGAAGAUGGUCGAGGGAAUCAAGGCCGUGGGCGCGAAGAGCGGCUUCAUCAAGCAGAAGAUCUCGGCGUGGGCUCGCGAUAUCGGCUACCGCACUGCGAUGACUCGUCAAUACGGAUGCACGGUGUACAAGCCAUGGGGCUACACGCUCGCCAAGGCGCUGGUGUUCAAUACCGUGCGCACGAAGCUCGGCUUCGACCAGUGCCGAACGUUGGUCGUCUCCGCCGCCCCCGUCACCGAGGAAACGCUCCGGUUCUUCGCGGCGUUCGACAUGCCCAUCUACGAUCUGCUGGGCCAGAGCGAGGGAACGGCACCGAUCUGCACGUGCUCGCCGGUGCAGCAGCGCUGGAAGAUCGGCACGGUGGGUCUGCCGCUGCCGGGCGUGGAGGUGCGCGUGGAUCCGCAGAAUAACGAGAUCAUGUACCGCGGCCGCAACGUGAUGAUGGGCUAUCUGAAGAACCCGAACGAGACGAUGCGCACGCUGGACGCGGACGGCUGGCUGCACACCGGGGACCAGGGAAAGAAGGACGACGACGGGUUCCUGAAGGUGACGGGCCGCCUGAAGGAGCUGAUCGUGACGGCGGGAGGCGAAAACAUCUCGCCGGUGAUCAUCGAGAACAAGAUCAUGGAGCUGACGCCGAUCAUCAGCUGCUGCGUGGCCAUCGGAGACAAGCGCAAGUUCGUGUCGCUGCUGAUCUGCAUUCGCUGCCAGCUGAACGCGGAGGGCGAGUCGAACCACCAGCUGACGCACGAUGUGGUUGCGUUCUUGAAGACGAUCGGAUCGGAGGCGAAGACGAUCGAGGACGCGAUGGCGGACCCCAAGGUGAAGGAGUAUCUGGACGGUGUGGUGCAGCAGUACAACAAGGUGGCGGUGAGCCGUGCUCAGGAGAUCCGGAAGUGGUGCAUCAUUCCCGAGGAGUUCACGAUCGGCAAGGGCGAGCUGACCGCGACAAUGAAGUUGCGUCGUGCGGUGGUGCAGCAGCAUUAUGCCAAGGAGAUCGAGUCUAUGUAUGUAUAAUAAUCACUUUAUUGCCGAGCGUGCGUUGUUUUAAUUCUUUAUUAUUUAUAUUAUUGACAUGUUU